AUGGCGUCGCGUGGCUCCAAGAACAAGAGGAGGAGCCACUUCUCCCGACUCUCUAACGAUCUCCUCGUCGAGAUUUUCUCGCGCGUGCCCUUCAAGUCCACCUGCUGCUGCAAGUGCGUCUCCACGCGGUGGCGCAGCGUCCUCUCCCACCCCGACCAUAGCAAGAAGCUUUCCCAGUCGACCGUCGCCGGCUUCUUCUACGAAACCUACAGUGAAAACAACAAGCGGGUGUCUCGUUGUUACCAGAGUGUUUCGGGGAAGGGAUGCCCUCGCGUCGACCCCUCCCUCUCCUUCAUACCCAGAGGCCAGGAAGGUGACCUCUAUUUGGUGGACAGCUGCAAUGGGCUCCUCCUGUGCCAACGCCUGAAGGAGAAGCGCCCCCGCUCGGAGAUAUUAGAUUAUGUGGUGUGCAAUCCUGCAACCGAGAAGUGGGUGGCCGUGCCUACCACCGAAUGGUCCAACAAGGUGUUGGAUGCUCGCCUGGGGUUCGACCCUGCCGUAUCCUCCCACUUCCAUGUGUUCGAGUUUAUACAUGCACGUGUUUGGGAUGCAGAUAUGAUGGGUGCCAAUAUCAAAAGGGUGAGGAUCUACUCCUCCAAAGCAGGAGUUUGGACAAAUCAAAGUGCAUGGGACCCACCAAUUGAUAUACACGACAUUCUAGGUAGUGCAUUUUUCAGCGGGGUGCUGUACCUAUCUUUAUUUGACCGUUUGGUUGCAGCCGCCGUUGACGUGGAGGGAAAUUGUAGGGUCAUUCAUAUUCCUACUCCACACGAUAGUGAUGCCGGUUUUGAUGUUCACAUAUCACGGGGAAAAUUGUUUUUGUCAAAUUACGGUGAUUCUGAACUUUCAGUCUGGGUUCUUCAAGAUUUUGAUAGUGAGAUUUGGACCUUGAAGCACAAUCUGAUCUGCAUCUUGGUGGAGGCACUGGAGAUUGAGACGAUGGCGGUGGAGUCGGGGUAG